UCUGACCAUGGACGUUAAUAAAGUGUUCUUGUGCUUUGUGGUAGUUUUGUUUUCUGUACCAAAAGUGCGCGGUAUCAACCAAAAUGCCACAAAUUCUUCGCUCACCGGGUACGACUACAAAAUCAUAACGGCGAAGCUGGAAUACAUUCAGGGCAAGCUGAUCGAGAUGGAAUCUGCCAUGAACAUAGAUCGAGAGGCUAUCGAAAAAAAGCUGUCUGGAGCCAUCAGUCAGCUAAGCCAAACGAUUGGCCACAAUUUGACCGCGCUGCAGACACAGUCGAAUAAAAUUCUGUAUGAGCAGGCAGCUAAAGCCAAUCAAAAACGCAUGCGAAAGGCGAUCCAAACGCUAGCAUCGAACAAAGAUGUAGCUCGAUUUCUAAUCAGUUCAGCUCUGUACGCUCGAACGAUCACAUUUCCAUCGUGCAAAGAAGAGCCAUCGAAGUUAACGGGCAAGUAUAUAAUACAACCUGCUGAAAACGAUGAACCAUUCCUGGGUUACUGUGAGCAGACUGCUUUCGGUGGUGGUUGGCUUGUGUUCCAGCAUCGCUACGACGGAUCGGUGGACUUUUAUCGUAACUGGACUGAGUACCGUAACGGGUUCGGAAGCAUGGAUGGGGAGUUCUGGCUCGGCUUGGAGAAGUUGCAUCAGAUUACUUCAGAACGAGAGCAUGAGAUGUUGGUGGAGCUAAAAGAUUUCGAAGGAAACUACAAGUACGCACGGUAUAGUGAGUUUGAGAUCGGCAGUGAGGCGGAGCAAUAUUCGUUAAAGAAGCUGGGAUCGUAUACAGGAACGGCAGGAGACUCAUUGAUCCACCAUAAGGGUAUGAAAUUUUCUACUAAAGAUCGGGACAAUGAUAACAGUUCAACGACACACCUUGCUUUGUAUUGCCAGGGAGCGUGGUGGUACGAUAACAUUUGCAUUGCUAAUGUUAAUGGACUUUAUAAGAAUGGUGAAGAUAUUCAAGCUGUGGUAUGGUACACCUAUAAAUCAAGCUUUAUGGGUAUGGCAUACACAAGAAUGUUGAUUCGUGAAAUUUAAUGAACAAUUGUAAAAUAUUUUAAUAAACCAAUAUUUUUACACAUCAUAUAACGAGGUCAGACUGGACAUGGUGUUGGCUUUUUCAAUGUUUUUUUCGUUUAACUGAUUUCGUUACAAAAUAAUAAACCUAACUGCAAUCAGCGUUUCAACCCAGUUUGCAUAUAAAAGAGGCUAGAUAGCUAAAGUUCACAGUUUUGUUUCGAAUUUUGACUUUGCAAGCAUGAUUAACAGACUCGGCCCUAAGCUAAAGUUAAGAUUUGCAUUGUUGUAGCACGGAUAAAAGAGUAGAUUUUAAUUUCAAUAAAACGUUGAGAAGUUUGCAGUACAUCAUUAGAUUACAAUUUUUGAAGCGAAUUUAAGUCCAAUCCAAGAUAAGAAGAGAACCAACGAGGCUUAAUAUUUACAUUCACCACAGAUAUGAAACGUUUGUAGAAAAGUGUUACUAUUGUUACAGUCACAAUUAACCUCAUUUAACUUGAAACUUUAGAUUUGACAGCUGAAGUGAACCUGAUAAGGCUAAGAUCGCAUAGUUUUGCAUACGUUAUCACACUUGCUGUAACCACAUCCGAUCGUUUCUUCCAGGAGGUUUACACUGUUCGCCAAACAGAUAACUUAGUGUACAGCAGCACUAUAAAAUGAAGCUACAUUUGUAUUGCUUGUUCAGUAUGAUUUCAUGGUAGUAAUUGAUUCUAGCUGACCAUGGACGUUAAUAAAGUGUUCUUGUGCUUUGUGGUAGUUUUGUUUUCUGCACCGAAAGUGCGCGGUGUCGAGCGAAAUGAGACAACUUCUUCCCUCACCGGGUACGGGUACGAAUUACUAACGGCGAAGCUGGAAUACAUCCAGGGCAAGCUGAUCGAGAUGGAAUACACCAUGAAGGAAGAUCGAGAGGCUAUCGAACAGAAGCUGUCGGAGCAGAAAACUCUUUCCAAUGGUUUAUUGUGGGCCAUCGAUCAAAAGCUGUCUGGAGCCAUCAGUCAGCUGGCGCAAAAGAUCGGCCACAAUCUGACCACACUGCAGACACAGUCGAAUAAAAUGCUCUCCCAGCAGAUGGCCUGCGCCAACCACGAACAGAUGCGAAAGGAGAUCCAAACGCUAGCUCCAAAGAAGGAUCGAGAUCAAUUCAGGGCCAGUUCACCGUUCACUAAGAUGCAAACCUCUUACCGUGCGUGCAAGGAAGAGCCAUCGAAAGUAUCGGGAAAGUAUCUAAUUCAACCUACUGCGAACGACGAACCAUUCGUGGGCUAUUGCGAACAGACUCGUUUCGGAGGUGGAUGGCUUGUGUUUCAGCAUCGGUUUAACGGAUCGGUGGACUUUUACCGCAACUGGAUCGAGUAUCGGAACGGGUUCGGAAGCGUUGAUGGAGAGUUUUGGCUCGGGCUGGAGCAUUUACAUCGCGUGACGUCGACAAGAUCGCACGAGCUGUUGAUAGAGUUGGAAGAUUUCGAAGGAAACUACAUUUACGCCCGGUACAGUGAGUUCAAGAUUGGCAGUGAGGCGGAACAGUAUCGUCUAAAGAAGCUGGGAACUUACACGGGAACGGCAAAUGAUGGAUUGACUUACCACAAGGGUAUGGAAUUUACAACGAAAGAUCGGGACAAUGAUGGCCAUAUAAGUAAAAACUGUGCCGAGGAUUGCCGAGGAGCGUGGUGGUAUAAUGCGUGCUUCAACGUAAAUCUCAAUGCACUUUACAAUAAUGCUGAGGACACUAAAGCCAUAGUAUGGCACAAGUACAAAUCGUCUUACACAGGGUUGGCAUACACAAGAAUGAUGAUCCGGGAGGUUUAGUUGGGUCUUGUUUGCUUUAUAAUAAAAAAACCAUUUUGAUUUGGGAUUAA